ACACAGACACACACAGACACCGUUUCUCCAUCUCUCUCCCCGUGUGUCACCCUGUGGGCGUUGCUGUUGGGUCGGGUCCAGCUGGGAGGGGCAGGAGUCACAGGACACGGAGCGGCGCUGGAGCUGCAGUGAUACUGUUACAGCCUUGUGGGAUCCUCCCACCAUGGAGACGCAAGACCCUGCGGAUGGGAAUCUCCUGCCUGACAGCCUGGACCCCGGCGCUUUAGUGAAUGAUAUUGAUGAGGUGGAUUUUAGUGGUGAUGAAGAAGAGGACGGGUUUCCGCGCAGUCCUUUUCUCGCCAUUUAUGACAUGAAGCCCUUGAAGCAUGAAAGGUCCGUGUUUAUGAAGGGAGUCCCAGUCACAGCGCGGGUAUCGGAUACAGAGCGGUACACCCGGGGCACAAAGGUGCGGCACAGCACCCUCUAUACCAUCAUAUUAACCCACGGGCCCUUCACAUGGACCAUCAAGAAGAAGUUCAAGCACUUCCAGGAGCUCCAUCGGGACCUUCUGCGGCACAAAUUAUUUAUCAGCUUCUUGCCCUUCAACCCCCUAUCCCGGUUUCACGUGACGAGGUCGAGAGUGGAAACCACUUCAUCUGAGAUGCCGUCUCUUCCCCACGCGUCCGGGGAGGCCUCUCAGCGAAUGGCAAGCAAAAAGGCUUAUCUGAACAACUACCUCAACGUGUUGCUGGAAAAGUCCUUCUACAGAAAUUACCAUGCCAUGCGGGAGUUUCUGGAUGUCAGUCAACUCUCCUUCAUUGCUGACUUGGGACCUAAAGGACUGGAAGGCUUUAUCCAGAAACGCUCUGGAGGACACCGCAUCCAAGGACUAAACUGUUUUGGGCAUCACCAGAUCUGUUACCGAUGGUCAAAGAGGUGGCUGGUGGUGAAAGAUUCUUUUCUGCUCUAUUUGAAGCCGGACACGGGGGAAAUCUCGUUUGUGUUGCUCUUUGACCCUGGGUUCAGUAUCGAUAUCGGAAAAAGGACUACGGAGACGAAAUACGGAGUCAAAAUUCAGAACUUUACAAGGGCACUCACAUUAAAGUGCAAUGGCUACCGUCAGGCCAGUUGGUGGGGUCAACAAAUUCGCAGGCUCGCUGAGGAUCAUGGGAAGGAUUUCUUAAGCCUGCAUCGAUUCGACUGUUUUGCUCCAGUCAGGGAGAAAACUCAAGUGAAGUGGUUUGUUAAUGGCUCCACUUACUUUGCUGCAGUUGCUGAUGCCCUGAUGCAAGCACAGGAAGAGAUAUUUAUCACAGACUGGUGGCUCAGCCCUGAAGUUCAUCUCAAGCGCCCUGCACACACUGACGACUGGAGACUGGAUAUUAUCCUCAAGCGCAAGGCGGAGGCCGGAGUUCGCGUCUGCGUGCUGCUGUUUAAGGAGGUGCAGAUGGCUCUGGGGAUAAAUAGUGAUUACAGCAAGAGAGUGUUAAUGCUCCUGCACCCCAACAUCAAGGUGAUGCGCCACCCAGACCACGUAUCCUCUGUCGUCUUCCUGUGGGCUCAUCAUGAGAAGAUGGUCGCUAUUGACCAGUCUGUAGUUUUCCUGGGAGGCCUCGAUUUGGCCUAUGGCCGAUGGGAUGACCAUGAAUACAGACUUACAGAUGUGGGACCCAUGGAACAGCAACAGCAGAGCAGAUCCAUGGAAGGAGAUAUCACAAUGAAUGAGGUGGAACAGUCUCCGAAUGUCACUCAGUAUUGGCUGGGGAAAGACUACAGCAACUCGAUCUACAAGGACUGGGUUCAACUGGAUAAGCCCUUUGAGGAUUUUAUUGAUAGAAUGAAAAAUCCCAGAAUGCCUUGGAGGGAUGUGGGGGCCGUAGUCCAUGGGAAGGCUGCUAGAGACGUCUCCCGGCACUUCAUCCAGCGCUGGAAUUACACAAAGACAAUGAAGUAUAAAGCUGCUACCUACCCGUACCUGCUCCCCAAGUCCCUCAGCACCGCAGACAGACAGCACUACACUGUUCCUGGGUGUCACACAGCCGCUGUACAGGUGCUGAGGUCAGUGGAUUGGUGGUCAGCAGGCUGCACUGAAUACUCAAUACUCAAUGCCUAUUUAGACUGUAUAGAAAAUUCCCAGCACUAUGUUUACUUAGAGAAUCAGUUCUUCAUUACCUGUGCGGAUGGGCGGACCAUCUUCAACAAUAUUGGAGAUGCCAUUGUUAAAAGGAUCCAGCAAGCUCAUAGUGCAAAAGCAAACUUCCGGGUCUUCAUUGUCAUUCCCUUGCUUCCGGGAUUUCAGGGGAACAUUGAAGUGGGAGGUGGAUACUCCAUCCAAGCAAUACUGCACUACACCUACAGCACCAUUUGCAGAGGAGACAACUCGAUUAUCUCUCGACUCAAAGAGACCAUGGGGGAAGACUGGACCAAGUACCUGUCAGUGUGUGGUCUUCGUACCCACGGGGACAUGCCUGAUGGAUCUCUCGUUACGGAACUCGUGUACAUUCAUAGCAAGAUGCUAAUUGUGGAUGACAGGAGAGUUAUAAUAGGCUCGGCCAACAUCAAUGACAGGAGCAUGCUGGGAAGCAGAGAUAGCGAGCUGGCUGUUCUGGUGGAAGACAUGGAGUUUGUGAGCUCAGUAAUGGACGGAGAGCCGUACCAGGCAGGAAAAUUUGCCCUCAGCCUCAGAAUGGACUGUUUCAAUACGAUCCUAGGGGCACGGGCCUCCCCUCACAUUGAUGUUUCUGACCCAGUUACUGAUCAUUUCUUCAAUGAGGUUUGGAAGCAGACGGCAUUUAACAACACAUAUGUCUAUGACCAGAUGUUCCGGUGCCUCCCCGCCGACGCCGUGACCAGUAACCGUACCCUGCAGGAGUACACUGCCGUAAAGAACCUGGCAGCGCUAAACCCUGGCCUAGCUCGGGAGCAACUAACUGGCAUUAGGGGCCACCUGGUGGAAUGCCCCCUACAGUUCCUGUCUGGGGAGAAUCUCCUUCCCCCUCUAAGCAGCAAGGAGGGCCUGAUAUCCUCUCAGGUUUGGACGUGAGCCCUGGGCACGGCACCUUGGACUAAUGCACUUUGUUCUUUAGACUCACCUUAGGGUGCUGGACUAGUAACAAGAGCAGCACCCAUGUUACUCGCUAAACUGCACAGAGUAUUGCACUAGCCUUUACAGCUCUCAGAUACUCCACUGAUUGCCACCAUGUCCGUUACUGUCUGCCACUAAUCCCUGAUACACACCCUGUAUUAAUCCCAGUCCCACACACACAGUAUCCUGUAUUAAUCCCAGUUUUACUCACACAAUAUCCUUUGCUAAUUACAGUGCAACAUGCAAACUAUUCUGCACUAAUUCCAGCUCUACAUAUGCAGUAUCCUGUCCUAAUCCCAGUCCUACUCACAGUAUCCUGUCCCAAUCCCAGUCCUACUCACAGUAUCCUGUCCUAAUCCCAGUCCUACUUAAAGUAUCCGGUCCUAAUCCCAGUCCUACUCACAGUAUCCUGUCCUAAUCCCAGUCCUACUUACAGUAUCCUGUCCUAAUCCCAGUCCUACUCACAGUAUCCUGUCAUAAUCCCAGUCCCAUACACCAUAUCCUGUCCUAAUCCCAGUCCUACUCACGGUAUCUUGUGCUACUCCCAGUCCUACUCACAGUAUCUUGUGCUACUCCCAGUCCUACACACAGUAUCUUGUGCUACUCCCAGUCCUACAUACAGUAUCCUGUGCUACUCCCAGUCCUUUUCACAGUAUCCUGUCCCAAUCCCAGUCCUACUCACAGUAUCUUGUGCUACUCCCAGCCCUACACACAGUACCCUGUGCUACUGCCAGCCCUACACACAGUAUCCUGUGCUACUCCCAGCCCUACACACAGUAUCCUGUGCUACUCCCAGCCCUACACACAGUAUCCUGUGCUACUCCCAGCCCUACACACAGUAUCCUGUGCUACUCCCAGCCCUACACACAGUAUCCUGUGCUACUCCCAGUCCUACACAGUAUCUGUUCCUAAUCCCAGUCCUACGCACACUAUCCUGUAUUAUUCCCGGCUCUACACACUCCAUAUAACGUACUAACCCCAGCUCUACUAAUAUUAACUCUACAUAGACUGUAUCCUGUACUAAUACCAGUUGUAGAUAUGCACAAUUCAACCAUUUUAAGAUUUAGCCGAAUACUGAAUUCAACACACAAGCAAAAUCACAUAAUCGUUUAAGAAGUCAUGUGAUCACUAGGGUUGAAUUUGGUUCAACCAGGGCCUCGGAUUCGUCCAAAGCAUUGUGUGCUGUUCUGCACCCACAACGUACGUGGCACAUCCUGUACUCGUUGAUAGGCGCUAUACACUAAUACUGUUCUAUUGCAGAACCAUGCGCGUAGCAUUGUCCGCUCGUUUCAGCGCUGCAUGAUCAUUUUAUUUAUGGACUAUGCAAGUAUAUAGAGUUCAUUUUGUCUUCCAUGGUAGGGGCUCCGGCUGCUACUGCACGGGGUUUGCACCACUCUCUCCGGGGGGAAAACAAAACAAACAGGGGAACCUUUGUAGUCAAUAAACUUUGUACUUCUUUUUA